UGGCCUAGAAUCUCGCCAUGCAGAAGCAAGACGUCGUUAUGAAGAAACUAAUUUUGUACGUCUUGGAAUGUCAAGAGAGGAAAGAAAAGCAGCAAAGAAGAGAAAACAUAAUACUUCAAUGGUUGAUGAAUUGGAGAAAUUGCUGGAAUUUGGACGAUAUAAAAUUGAUAAUGAUGGUGAAAGUGAUGGAAGAAAAGAUAAAACAAAUCGGAAUGGAAAUAAAAAAUUUGAAGCUAAAGGUGCAGGUUUUUCAGCAAAAAGAAAAAAUCGAACAUCAUUCAAAGCAAAAGGUACCAAAAAGAGGAAAAUGAAGAAACGGAUAAAACGAUAAAGUAUUUCUGUUAAUUU